UAGGAUUCGUAAUCUCGCCGAGUGAAGAUGGCGGCGUGUGGACGUGUGCAGCGCCUGCUGCUGUUGAUCCUCUUCUCCUGCUGGAUCUCUUCCUCUCGCGGACUCAAAUCGGUGAUCGUGGGCACCGAGAAUGCGGCGGAGAACGGGGAGCGGGCCAAGAAUGCGGUGGCGCUGGACGGGGCGUCGGUGCGGCGCAGCGGCGGCUGGAAGCUCGCGGAGGAGGCGGCCUGUCGGGAGGACGUGAGCCGGAUCUGCCCCAAACACUCCUGGAACAACAACCUGGCCGUGCUCGAGUGCCUGCAGGACCGCAAAGACGAGACUGAAAUCGCUGCCGACUGCAAUCAUCUGCUCUGGAACUACAAGCUGAACCUGACGAAGGACCCCAAGUUUGAGUCUGUGGCUGUGGAGGUCUGCAAGUCCACCAUCAGUGGGAUUAAGGAGUGCGCCGCUGAGGAGCGUGGGAAGGGUUAUCUAGUGUCCUGUCUGGUGGACCACCGCAACAACAUCUCGGAGUACCAGUGUAACCAGUACAUCACCAAGAUGACCAGCAUCAUCUACAGCGACUACCGGCUGAUCUGCGGCUUCAUCGACAAAUGCAAAGACGACAUCAACAAGCUGCACUGCGGGAGCGUCAACACUGGGGAGAAGGACGUGCACUCUCAGGGUGAGGUGAUCGCGUGUCUGGAGAAGGGUCUGGUGGCGGAGCAGGAUCAGGAUCCGGAUCAGGGGCCGGUGGGCCGCUUCUCCAUCCAGGACGCCUGCAGGAAGGCCAUCAUGCGUGUGGCGGAGCUCUCCUCUGAUGACUUCCACCUGGACCGACAUCUGUUCUUCUCCUGCAGAGACGACCGAGAGCGCUUCUGUGAACACACUCCAGCUGGAGAAGGGAAAGUCUACAAGUGUCUCUUCAACCACAAGUUUGAGGAGAGCAUGUCUGAUAAGUGUAAGGACGCUCUCUCCACCAGACAGAAGCUGAUCGUGCAGGACUAUAAGGUCAGCUACUCUCUGGCUAAAGCCUGUAAGCCGGACCUGCGUAAAUACCGCUGCAACAUGGACACGGCGAUGCCCCGCGCUCGAGAAGCCAAACUCUCCUACCUGCUGCUGUGUCUGGAGGCGGCCGUCCACCGCGGCCAGACGGUGAGCGGCGAGUGUCAGGGAGAGAUGCUGGACUACAGGCGGAUGCUGAUGGAGGAUUAUUCUCUGAGUCCUGAGAUCGUCCUGCACUGCAGAGGAGAGAUCGACACACACUGCUCCGGCCUGCACCACAAGGGCCGGACACUGCACUGCCUGAUGAGGGUGUCCCGCGAGAAGGGCAUCCUGGAGGGACACUGCCAGAAGGCGCUCCAGACACUGAUCCAGGAGACGGACCCUGGGGCCGAUUACCGCAUCGAUCGUGCUCUGAACGAGGCCUGCGAGUCUGUCAUCCAGACUGCGUGCAAACACAUCCGCAAUGGAGACCCAAUGAUCCUGUCGUGUCUGAUGGAGCACCUGUACACUGAUAAGAUGGUGGAGGACUGUGAGCAGCGGCUGCUGGAACUGCAGUAUUUCAUCUCCAGAGACUGGAAACUGGACCCCAUCAUGUACAAGAAGUGCCAGAACGACGCGGCCCGCAUCUGCCACACUCACGGCUGGAACGAGACCAGCGAGUUCCUGCCGCCCGGAGCAGUGUUCUCCUGUCUGUACCGGCACGCGUACCGCACCGAGAUGCAGGGCCGGCGGUUGUCGCGGGACUGUAAGACAGAGGUGCAGCGGAUCCUUCAUCAGAGAGCUCUGGAUGUGAAGCUGGACCCGGAGCUCCAGCAGCGCUGCAUGACUGAUCUGGGGAAAUGGUGCAGUGAGAAGACUGAGGCUGGACAGGAGCUGGAGUGUCUGCAGGAUCAUCUGGAGGAUCUGGCGCCCGGCUGCAGGGAUGUGGUGGGGAACCUGACGGAGCUCGAGUCUGAGGACAUUCAGAUUGAGGCGCUGCUGAUUCGGGCCUGUGAGCCGGUGAUCCAGUCCUACUGCCACGAAGUGGCUGAUAAUCAGAUCGACACCGGAGACCUGAUGGAGUGCCUCGUGGCCAACAAACACCAGAAGGAGAUGAACGAGAAGUGCGCCGUCGGCGUCACACACUUCCAGCUGAUCCAGAUGAAGGACUUCCGCUUCUCCUACAAGUUCAAGAUGGCGUGUAAAGAAGACGUGCUGAAGCUCUGCCCCAACAUCAAGAAGAAGGUGGACGUGGUCAUCUGUCUGAGCACUACGGUCAGGAACGACACCCUGCAGGAGGCCAAAGAGCAGCGAGUGUCCAUGAAGUGCCGCAAGCAGCUGCGGGUGGAGGAGCUGGAGAUGUCAGAGGACAUCCGUCUGGAGCCUGAGCUGUAUGAGAGCUGCCGGCAGGACAUCAAGCAGCACUGCCAGAAUGUGGUGUUCGGGAACGCACAGGUGAUCGAGUGCCUGAAGGAGAAUAAGAAGCACCUGACGCAGCACUGCCAUCAGAAGGUGUUCCGGCUGCAGGAGACAGAGAUGAUGGACCCGGAGCUGGACUUCCAGCUGAUGAGGGUCUGCAAGCAGAUGAUCCGGCGCUUCUGCAGCGAGACGGACGCCAAGAACCUGCUGCAGUGCCUAAAGCAGAACAAGAACAGCGAGCUCAUGGACCCCAAGUGCAAACAGAUGAUCACCAAGAGGCAGAUCACACAGAACACGGAUUACCGCCUGAACCCUGUGUUGAGGAAGGCCUGUAAAGCUGAUAUCCCCAAAUUCUGCCAGAACAUCCUGAACAACGCCAGAGACGACAACGAGCUGGAGGGACAGGUCAUCUCCUGCCUCAAACUCAAAUAUGCUGACCAGCGUCUCUCCUCAGACUGUGAGGCUCAGAUCAGUGUGAUCCUCCAGGAAUCUGCUCUGGACUAUCGACUCGACCCACAGCUGCAGCUCCAGUGCAGUGAAGAGAUCCCACGUCUGUGUGCGGAGGAGGUGGCUGCGCAGGAGCAGACAGGGCAGGUGGAGGAGUGUCUGAAGGUCAACCUGCUGAAGAUCAACCAUGAGGGCUGUAAGAAGGAGGUGCUGAACAUCCUGAAGGAGAGUAAAGCUGACAUCUUCGUGGACCCUGUUCUUCACACCGCCUGCGCUCUCGACAUCAAACACCAGUGCGCCGCCAUCCCACCGGGCAAAGGCAGACAGAUGUCCUGUCUAAUGGAGGCUCUUCAGGACAAACGUGUCCGCCUGCAGCCCGAGUGCAAGAAGAGACUACAGGACCGCAUCGACAUGUGGAGUUACGCCGCCAAGGUGGCUCCAGCAGAAGGUUUCUCAGAUCUGGCAGGUCAGGUGUUCAUGUCUCCUGCUAAGAGCUACAUCCUGAGCAUGCUGGCGAUGUGUGUGGUGCUGCUGUUCCUCAUGGGUCUGCUGUGCGGGCGCAUCACCAAACGCGUCACGCAGGAGCUGAAGGACAGGUAGAGCGGAGAGUGGCGCGGGGGCAGUGUGUUCGUGUGCGUGCGUGAGUGAGUGAGUGUGUGUGUAAGCGGCGCCCCCUGCAGGCCAGAACGCCACCCUCCGCCUGGAACUCUGGGGCGGCAGGGGGGUGGCAACGAUAGACUCAAGCUCUCUAUGAGUGUGUGUGUGUGAGAAGAGUGUGUGUGCUUUUUUGGUGGAGUCAUGGAUGGCCACAUUGGGACCCAGUUUUAAUGGCUACACACACUCUCUGUUCCCCCGACCGUGCUCGUCCAACAUCAUCUUCUGCUUCAAGCGGCCUGCUGCGGAUCAGCUGAUAACACAAAGACUUCGCUCUCCGGCUAAACCUGUUUAUUUAUUGUGGACGUCCCGCCGUCCGCUUUCCCAGCACAGAGUCCAGAGGAAAACGAGCCAACGAAUGUGUGUGUCUGUGCCUUUCUGCCCGUCCCAGAGCCGGUGAUUUCCUACGGUGUCAGUCAGUCCUGAUCAUGGGCUGCUGCUGCUGUCUGUUUUCUCUUGAUGGGAUCAUUGAUUCAGUAGGGGUGUACAUGUAUUGAAUCUCUCUCUCUCUCUCUCUCUUAUUGGGUUGAAUUAAUUUCGUUUGGGUUUCUGGAUCAUGAAGAUCUCUCCCAAUCAUUGGUCCAGACUGAGCCAGAAGAUGAUUGCAGAUGUGAAUGAUUGUAAUAUUAAUGUGUUUCGUCUCAGUGGCCGCAUUCAGACGUCUCGCCGUUUCUGAUGAUAAUCUCUCGUCUGAUUGGUCUGUUUUAAAGUGCCAUGCUCUAACGGUUCACUUCAAACAUCCGCAUGAAGAGUUCUUCAUCCACCCCGUUCUGAAGGCCUUCUCUGAUGGGCUGUCCGGACGCCUCUCGCUCAGUUUUUUGGGAAUAGUUGAUUUUAAACACUCCAGUUUUUGUACACACCUCUGAGAUAAGCUUGUGCACAGAUGCACCAAUUCUGCUGUGCUUUUACCUUUGACUUUGUGUUUUAUCAAGCACCCUGCCGUCCACUUGCAGCCUUUUUUUGCUGAUUUUGGGUUUGUUUCUCUUGUGAAUCGAUCAGAGUUGUUGUUUUUCUAGAAAACUCAACAGAAGUUGGAUUGUAGCUGUAAAUUCUUCUCCCCACAAUGGCUUUAAUGCUUAUUUGUUUCCAACGUUCACAUUAAAUCGGACUCUUGGAUCAGCGUUCACUGUAAACGGAGCCGCGGCGCUCCAGUCGCUCUGCCUUUUAAACUCAUUUGGCGUUUGUAUUCCUCUUAUGCUUAUUUUUUGUACAUUAAAGUGGACUUUGGUUCUAGUGUUUGUGCUUUAAUAAUCGGAGUCACGAUGCUGUACCGUCAGUACUGUAAAUAUCUGUAUAUGGUUUGACUGGAGGAUUGUGGGUAACUCAAACUCUGCCUUAAUAAUGGCGUGUUUUGUUUUUGUUUCUAUUCCUUGCAGAAGACUUGCUCAGCCGCCUUUAAGAAAGGACAGGAAAGGAUACAUCCCAAUUAACUAACAAAAAUACACACACGUAAUCCAGCCAAUGCUAAUGGCUAAAAUUAGCUUCUGUGUGCAUUUUCCACAAGUGAUUUGAGGCCAAAUGUUUGCUUGUGUCCUCUUCUGUUUGAGCUGGUGUUCACGUCCCUGCUGCUUCCCGCUGGCGUUCAUCACUCUAACCUUUACUUUCUGCACAGAUAUUUCUGUCUUUUUUUGUUUUCAUUCACGGAGUCUCUCAUCCAGAGGAAAACCGUCCUUCAUCCGCACUGACGGAGGUCUUUAAUUAAUGCGCAUUGAUGCAAACUACUAAACCUGCUGUUUGUUUAGAUGAAUAUAUUCAUUCACAGAGACUGACGAGGCUUCAGACAUCAGGAUUAAGAUUGAGCAUCUCCAUUUCUGGAUGCAAUGCAACAUGUUUCUGAUUAAAGAUUAAACAACAUUGCUUUUUUACUCUUUGAAUGCACAAAAGUCGAUCAAAAUUAAGCAAAAAAGUGUUCAAUCUUCAGUCAGAUGGUCAGAACAUCAGCGGAAAAUAGCUGGAGUAUGACCAAAUCCAGAGUUUCCCAAAUUCCUGAUUAAUUCAAAAGCCUGAUCGAGCCAGUCUACUGUUUAAUCCUCUGGUGAACACAGCCUGAAGUCAUCUGGAUCAAUAGUGAUGAUGAUGAUGAUGCUGCUGUGUACUGGUUUUCUGAAGGUCUGUGUGUCCGCGAGUGUUGAUGAUUGGUGCAGGGUUUUUCUUUCUUUCUGCUUUUGCAUUAUUUUUGUAAAACAUUAUUUUAGCACUGGAAAAUCUGUGUGUGUGUGAGAGAGUGUGUGUGUGUGUGUGAGAGAUUUGCUCUUCGCCAUCAUCCCACAGCUCUGCUUGCUCUGUCAAUCUGAAUGCGGCCCAGAGCUGGCGUGUGUGUGUGACUUCUCAUGGACUCUGCUGAGCGAUGUUCUCCACAGGUGUAUUAAUAACUCAAUAACUUCUGUUCUCAUCUCUCCUGUUUGGUUCUGUAUGUUGAAUUGGGCCGUUGUUAAUAAACCUGAUCUGCUGGUUUGUA